CCCCACCUUUUGUCUUUCCCGCACCGUCAAUCAAAAUAGAAAAAAUCCACUCGAACCACCGAUCGCAGCCCGCCUUUGAUUAAAAUAAUCAUGUUUGGCGUUUAAAUAAAUUGAAAAUCUCCCGAUUAAAGCCAUUCACGCUAUGACUGGUACGUAAUAUUUAACCGGAUUGAAGCAUAGCACCGCCGAUGAGUGCACUGUAGAUAGCAGCUAGCUUUAGCUGAGUCUGUGGCUAAUCUCUUCCAGCGCAGCCAGUAGUUUAGCGAAACACAAAAGUGAACAUUUGCUGCGCAUCUAACCCUUCCAGACUGCUGCAAUGGAGCCCCUGAACAGCCAGUGAAACAGGAGGAAAUGGCUGCCUUGGACGCGGACUACCUGCAGGCUCAGCACAGCGGCGGCGGAGACAAGGACACUCAGCCGUCACCGCUCGCUUUGCUGGCUGCUACCUGCAGCAAGAUCGGGUAUCCGUCGACAGGACAGGAUAACGGUGGUGCCGCUGGCGUGACGACGGACCUGACGUCCAUACAGUUGACAGGGACGUCAGAACGAUGGGAGGUGUUGACUCCCACGGCGACGGUCAAGGAGGAGCCGGGCGUGGUGCAUAUUCCGAACGCGGGGAUCGUGACGUCGAACGGACAGUACGUUCUGCAGAACCUGCAGAGCCAGCCCAUUUUCGUGGCGUCGGGGGCGGACGGGUCCGCCGGUGCAGUGCCUAACAUUCAGUACCAGGUAAUCCCGCAGAUCCACGACGGACAGAUGGGCUUCGCCUCGGCCGUGGACGGGUCCUCCCUGGGCCAGGCCUCGGGGCAGAUCCAGAUCCUGCAGGACGCGGGUCAGGGCAUGGGCUCCUCCGGGGCCUCCGCCGACAUCCUCACCAGCACACAGAACCUCAUAUCCCAGCAGAUCCAGGGAGUUUCCAUCGGCGGCUCCACGUACAGCAACCAGGGUCAGGUCGUCGCCAACGUGCCUGUGGGGCUGCCGGGGAACAUCACCUUCGUUCCCAUCAGCAGCGUGGACUUGGACUCGCUGGGGCUGUCGGGGGCGCAGACGAUAGCCACGGGGGUCACCCCCGACGGGCAGCUCAUCAUGGCGGACGGCUCGGACAAGGCGCGCGAGCAGCACGCGCUCUCGGCCAACAGCCAGGACAUGUACGCGCCCGCCACUUCCUCUUCCUCCCGCCUCCCCGAGACGAUAGACGGCACGGGGGUGCUGACCCAGGCCACCGCCGGUCAGCCGGAGGGCUACGGCCCCCAGGUCCAGAACGUUCCGGCGUUGUCCUCCGCGCAGCAGGUGCUGCAGCUGCAGCAGGACGGCGAGGCGCAGGGUGUGUCGCAGCAGCAGCAGCAGCAGCAGCAGGUGCAGAACCUGCAGCUGCUCAACCCGGGCACCUUCCUCAUCCAGGCGCAGACGCUGACGCCGUCGGGCCAGAUCCAGUGGCAGACCUUCCAGGUGCAGGGCGUGCAGAACCUGCAGAACCUGCAGCUGCAGGGGGCGGGCGGGGCGCAGCAGAUCACGCUGGCGCCCGUGCAGACGGUGUCCCUGGGCCAGGGCGGGGUGCUGGGCUCGGCCCCCGUCAGCCUGGCCGCCGGCCAGAUCCCCAGCCUGCAGACGGUGACGGUGAACUCUGUGCAGACGGGCAUCCAGUUCCAGCAGGGCGACGACACCGGCAGCCCCGGAGACAUCCAGAUCAAGGAGGAGCCCGACUCGGAGGAGUGGCAGCUGAGCAGCGACUCCACCCUCAACCCCAGCGACCUGUCGCACCUGCGCGUGCGGCUGGUGGAGGAGGAGAUGGAGCAGCACGGCCAGGAGGGCAAGCGCCUCCGCCGCGUGGCCUGCACCUGCCCCAACUGCAAGGAGGCCGGCGGGAGAGGGUCCAACAUGGGGAAGAAGAAGCAGCACAUCUGCCACAUGCCGGGCUGCGGGAAGGUGUACGGCAAGACGUCGCACCUGCGGGCCCACCUGCGCUGGCACUCCGGGGAGCGGCCCUUCGUCUGCACCUGGAUGUUCUGCGGGAAGAGGUUCACGCGCAGCGACGAGCUGCAGAGGCACCGGAGGACGCACACAGGGGAGAAGAAGUUUGUGUGCCCGGAAUGUUCCAAGCGUUUCAUGCGCAGCGACCACCUGGCCAAGCACAUCAAGACGCACCAGAACAAGAAGGGCGUGAACUCUGGGGGCGUGGCCAUGGCCACCGUGGAGACGGCGUCGCCCGACGGCAUCCUCACGGCGGGGGGCACUACGCUCAUCCUCACCAACAUCCAGCCGGGCUCCGUGGCGGGCCUGGGGGCCGCCAACUCCGCCAGCGCCCAGGACCUUCUGUCCAACUCGGAAAUCCCUUUACAGCUCGUCACCGUCUCCGCCAGCGAGGUCAUGGAGUAACGUCGUGGCGACCGUCGCCGCGACUCCUCAGCCCCCUCCCGCUUUCCCCCCCUGUUUUUUAUAUCUAUAAAUAUAUAUAUAAAUAUAUAUAUUUUAAAAGAAAUUAUCUGUUUAUUAUCAUUAGCAGUCUUUUUAAUGUUGGGGCAAAAAUGACACACUCAAAUGCCUUAUUUUGUAUCAUACUCUGUACUAUAAUCUGGUGGAGCUGCAUGUAUUUUUAGCUACUACAAUUCAAUGUAUAAUAGUUCUGAAUAAAAUGUUUUUUUUUGUACAAAGGAAAUGAAUGGUACAGAAAAGAGGGAAAUUGGAGAAACGUCGUCCUGAUUAUACCGCGAACGGGUUCUUGGGGAACUGUACGCGAAACGCGGCGACAGUGAGUCUUGUUGACAGAAAACGUGAAUCGUCUUUUUCAGGCACUGACUCGUGCUUGCUAAAAUGCAAACGUGUUUAUUUACAGGUUAUGACUGUGCGUACAGGGGUAAUAGCGGGUUAUGACUGUACACAAGGGUAAUUAUGCUUCUUAAUUAUGUCCGCGCGAGUCAGAUUGGGACUCGCCGAAGCUCUUUUUGUUUUGAACUUUGUUUAGCCACCGGUUAGGUCGUAACCAGGAAUUUGGCGGGUGGUAACGGGAAAACAAUCAUGUGAUUUGCAAACCGUUUCGUUUUCCCCCCGUUUGUAAGUCUCCCGUCGAUUGGGUCGGUCGUACGCAUUACUGGCGGAAAUGCUUUUUAUAGAACGCUCGCAGCCGUUUGUCGUAUCGGAAGCUCCUCGUUUUGAAUUUCUUUGUAGGUAUCCGGGCCGAGCGCCCGUCCUCACUUUUGUAAAAACUUUAAUUUUCGAACGGAUCGCAUUUAAAUUCCGACUACUUUAUAUAUGAAAAAGCCAUGCAAAAAGGGUUGAGUUGCCAAACUUUCAGAACGACCUGCUCAUGCAAUAAAUGUUGUAUCGCACGGUCACAAGAAUCAACCCCUGCAGCACCUCCCGGCCAAUACGUGUUCAGAGAUCACGUGGUGAAGGACCAAACGAAGAGUCUAUUUCUUGCAUACUGUGUCAUGGUAUACUUGUCAGGGUCUUAAUAUUCCUUUUUUUCUUUAUUAACCCACCCCCCCCCCCCCCCCGUCCUCGUCCCCCCCCAUUAGUGGGGUAAUGGCAGACCCUCAGGCUGUGACAUCACUCAGAGGAUCUUUAAUGUGAGUGAAAUGGUGUCUCCCCCCCAGUGUUCUGGAGAUGGUACUGUUUUCUUACUGGCACUGUUGUACUAUACUAAUCAAUUGCCGUUUAAUAAUAAUCAUCUUUUUUUAUAAACUUACCUUUUUAUAUACUGGCCAGGAAAGUGUGUGUAGUCUAUGCACUCUUUUUUUUUUUUUUUUUUUUUUGCUCUGUCAAAAAAAAAUGUACUUUUUUUUUCUUUUUUAAAAAUGUAUUUCUAUAUUAUUUGUUUCAUUUGUUUUCUAUAUAGAAUUGUUUCCGGCAUUCAUUAUGCAGGUUGUGUAAUGUAAGAUUUGAAGUAUGUGAUUUAUGAGUGCUAUACAAUCUUGUUGCUGGAGUUGAUUAUUCCAGUGACUGGGAUUUUGUUUAAAAAAAAAAAGAAAAAAAAAGUUAGACAAUAUUUUACAAUGUAACUCAUAAGGCCAUCUGAGACUCAGACUCUACCUUGUAAUUGAAAUAUAUUAAACCCAAAGCGGUCAUUAAUAAAACACUAUUUUGACAUUUCA